UUAUCGCGAUGUGAAAUCAAUCACGGCGUUUUCUCCGGCGGAUGUGAAACACCCCGGCGUCUGCACAUUUAUGUCUCAGCUGAAAAAACUGAGUUGUUGCCGCUUGUUUGAGAAUGCGUCCAGGAGCGCGUCCCCCUGCCCGCUUUGAUGUGCGGCUUGAUGCGUCCCUGUGUCUGUGUCUGAUAGUUUCCCUCCGCUGUGUUUUGUCUGCUGUGUCUGAAGGCGAUGUUUACAGUGGGGAAAAUAAACAGAGUUUCCUAAGGAUGAGCAGCCUGGAGCAUGUAGAGAGUUAUGAGAUUACCUAUCCCAUAUGGCUGCAUCCUGACAGACACAGGAGGUCUGUCAACAAAGAGCAUCCCUCAGAGGCAGAGGUGCUGAUCUCAGUGGAGGGCCAAGAGCUGCGUCUACAGCUGGAGAGGAACGAGCAGCUAUUGGCCCCCGGAUAUCAGGAGAUAUGGUACUCUCCCAGUGGGACCCGCCUGUCUUCCUCUCCUGCAAGCACUGGACACUGUUUCUACCACGGGGAGGUUCUGGGUGUGGAAGGCUCAAGCGUUGCUGUCAGUACGUGCUCAGGACUCAGGGGACUGAUAUCUCUGAACACCAGCGUCAGCUACCUGAUAGAGCCUCUUCCUGUUUCCACGGAUACACAGCAGCAUGCUGUGUUCAGAGCUGAAAGCCUUCACCUACCCAAGGGUAGCUGCCUGCAUCACCAUGGUAACAAAGAGGAGGAGGAGGAGGAGGAGCAGGGGCUUAAUACCUUCAUCCAUGGAAUGAUGACUCCAUGGAGCGUAAGGGAGCGAAGGGACCUGAGCCAAAACAUGAAGUAUGUAGAGCUGCUGCUGGUGGCAGAUAAAGCUGAGUUUGAGAAGCACGGGCGUCAUCUCGAAAAGACCAAAAUGAAAUUACUGGAGGCCGCCAAUUAUGUUGACAAGUACUACAAGUCAUUGAGUAUCCGUGUGGCCGUCAUUGGUUUGGAGGUGUGGUCGGACCAGGACAAGAUCAAUGUUUCUGAUAACCCAUACAGCACCCUGGGAGCUUUCCUGGCCUGGAGGCGCAAACAGCUCCGCACGCUGCCCAACGACAACGCCCAGCUCAUCACGGGGAUGUCAUUCCAGGGCACAACUAUCGGGCUGGCACCUCUCAAAGCCAUGUGCUCUGAGUACCAAUCAGGGGGAGUCAACACGGACCACUCAGAGUCUGCUGUGGGUGUGGCUGCCACUAUGGCACAUGAGAUGGGCCACAACUUUGGCAUGAGCCACGAUAGCGCAGGCUGCUGCCAGGCAAAAGCUGACGACGGAGGUUGCAUCAUGGCCGCUGCUACUGGGCACCCGUUUCCACGUGUGUUUAAUUCCUGUAACCAGAGGGAGCUGAAGCGCUACCUGAGCUCUGGAGGAGGGAAAUGCCUCUUUAACCUGCCCAACACCAGAGCCAUGUAUGGGGGGCAACGCUGUGGCAACGGGUACCUGGAGGAUGGAGAGGAAUGUGACUGUGGAGAUGAAGAGGAGUGCACCAGUCCCUGCUGCAAUGCCAACAACUGCACUCUGAAAGCUGGGGCUGAGUGCGCCCAUGGGGUCUGCUGCCAUGACUGCAAGCUAAAGAGCCCAGGUGUGCUGUGCCGUGCCCCGUCGGGCCCCUGUGAUCUGCCAGAGUACUGCGAUGGCAAGGCCGAGUCCUGUCCUGCCAACUUCUACCUGGUGGACGGCACGUCCUGUGCAGGCGGCCGGGCCUACUGCUACACCGGCAUGUGUCUCACCCUGGAGCAGCAGUGCCAGUCCCUCUGGGGAGGAGAUGGACGUCCUGCCCCGGACAUGUGCUUUGAGCGAGUGAACGAAGCCGGGGAUUCCUUUGGGAAUUGCGGCAAAGACCUGCUCGGAAACUACAGGGGCUGCAAGGACAGAGAUGCCAAAUGUGGGAAGAUCCAGUGUCUGAGUUCAGCCCCCAAGCCCAUCGAGACCAAUGCUGUUCCCAUAGACACCACAAUUCGCCUCGGCAACAGGAGGAUCCUGUGCAGGGGGACUCAUGUCUACCGUCCGGGCCAGGGGGACGAGGGGCAGGGGGAUACUCUGGACCCAGGCCUUGUCAUGACCGGCACCAAGUGUGGUGACGGUUCGCUUUGUUUUGGAGGGGAGUGCCGCAAUGCAUCUUUUCUCCAGGCGGACGAGUGCAGUGCCAAAUGCCAUGGACAUGGGCUGUGCAACAACAACCACAACUGCCACUGUGACUCGGGCUGGGCUCCUCCUCUGUGUGACCAGAAGGGGGCAGGAGGGAGUCUGGACAGUGGACCAGUCAUCAGACACAGCAGUCUCCUUCCAGCCCUGUUACUCCCCCCUCUGGUCCUUUUUGUGGUUUUGGCCGCUGUUGCGCUCUGGUACUGCUACAAGCAUAAGCUCCACCCACUGAAAACCUCCACUCCAUCUCCAGCGCCAAAUUCCUCAGUCUCAACUGAAGCCAAGCCUCUCCAUGCUGAUGGCCAUGCCACUGGUCAUGCCAACCCCACAUUCCUUCUAAAGCGACAGGACUCAGACCGCCUGGGUAAGUCCAGUCCUCGUCCAAGCCCGUCAUGCCCAAGUCGGCCCAGACACGCCAUUGUGCGUCCCACUGUGAAGCCUCCUCCUAUACCAGCCUAUGCUGUAGGGCACAGGGAAAAAGAGACUCAGGCCCAGAACCAGCCACAGGUUUCUUUUCAGAGGCAAGGUUCUCCUCAGUCUUGCAGUGCACCUCAGUCCCCUGCUCCCCUUAUACUCCCUCACAUGGCCCAGCAGAGAGGAGCUCAAGCCCAGGUUCCUCCACCACCUUCAGUACCACCACCUUUGCCUUCCUUGGACCCCAAACUCCACCUGUCAUCUUCAUCUCUACCUAAACCCCGACCAGACCCCCCUACCAGACCUCCACCACCUUGCCCUGUAAACAAACCAUCAGCGCAGCAACAGAAAAAAACACUGCAGGUUACCAAUGACGCCCUGCACAGAGGAAAGGCUGCUCUGGCUCCAUCUGCUGGUCAGAAAAAGCCAAACAGAUCAUAAACAAAGAACUCAGGAAGAAGUUCUGGAGCAGCAUUUACAUCAUGUAAUAAGAUGUCCUCAACUAUCUUUUUGAAUAUUUAUCACUGGCUGAAAGAGGGAACUUUGUACUCUGGGACACCCUGGGUCUGUAAAAUUACUGAUAUUCACUGGUAAUGUUUUCAGGGAGAACGGUUGAAUUAAGGGAAGUCACAGACUAUGUCACACUUUAUUUGGGGCUAUUCCCAUGAAUAUGGUUUUAGUCUUAAAAAUUUGGCCUAAUAUGUGUUUUGUUAAUUAGCCCUGUGUGUCUUCUUUACCCACAGAUAUCCUCUAUACUUGUGAAUUUCUGAAUGUUAUCGUAACAGGUUUUGAUGGGAAUGUCGAUUCGUGCCAUGUAUGUUGGCAGCAUUGAAACACUGUCCCAGGAGUAUUUAUUCACAAAGCAAAGAAAAAUGAGUGUUUACAGUGUAGUCUCUGUGCUUAACAUGAUGUUUGUACAAAAGCAUGAGCUGUAAGGGGAUAUCUUAUAUUAAGAAAACAUGCCUAUGUAAGGUGCUUAUGCUUCUGGUGUGUGAAUACAAGACAAGAUUUGAACUGAAUUCAAAAGAACAUUAGUCCUAUACAUGCAUGCUGUAAGUAUGGGCUUAUGGUUAUGGUGAAGGACACAUGUCUGAUAUGUAGCAAUAACUGUUUUGGAUCGAUUUUUUUUUUUUUUGUGACUGUUUAUUAUGUUUUUAUAUUGUGUGUAGUAUUGCACUUUUAACAGCAGUGCUGAAUCUUUUUAAGGUGACCAUCUCAACGUGUAUUGUAUUGCUUAGCUCUGACACUGACAAUCAGUGAGGUAGUUGUCCUUGUCAUGGGCAACAUUCCAGAUUAUUAUGUUUUAUGGACAUAAAUGAGCCAUGGUUUGUUUUAUAUGCAGCUGUUGUUUGACCUCAAAGUGGCUAUAUAAUUUCCAGUCAAAUAUUGCAUCUUCUAGAAGGCAGUGAAUUAAGUUAUCUUUGUCCCAAAGAUGUUAAAUCAAACUCUUCAGUGGGGUUAGUAGGGUUUUCUCUGUUGACCAAAAUGCCCUCCAGAGCUUAGGGAAUGUGCUUCUCUUUCUGGGAAGGUUACACUGAGGCUACAGUGACUGAGGCAACUUUUAACGUUUGUAAGGUACUGUUUAAAACUGUGGUCACUAUACAUUGUGACCAUUUUACCCUCUUGUCAGACCUAUGCAAACUCAGAGACAGUAUGAAACACUGUGCCUUCAACUGGAACUCAAAUAAAGAGAUGAAAAA